GAGCAACAUCUGCGGCACGCGAGCGUGCGACACCCUCGCGCGGAGGUAUUGUAUUUCAUCUUUUGUGCUACAGGUUAGCCGCUAUAGUCGAUAUAUUUACAUGUGAGCAGGAAUAUUAACACAUCCACAGCGCUGAACUGGCUGAGAGAGAAGGGGGGAAGCAGGUGUGAGGAGAUGCCGUCUUCGCCAAGGGUAUAGAGGAAAACGCGCGCGUUCUGCUCACCUGUGCCUGUAUAUCUUGUGUACACACUGAGAUUUAGCCUUUGAGGAAAUGGAUGGACGAACAGAGAAACAGGAGUCAGGGGAUGCUCCUGUCAUCAUCGUUGAGAACGAAGCUGAGAGCAUGCCAGUACAAGAGGAAAAGUCAGGUGCAACCGGACAGAAUUACCUGGACACUUGCCCCUUUUGCCAUCUAAACUUUCACAGUCGAGAGCCCAAACUUCUGCCGUGCCUGCACUCUUUUUGCAAGAAAUGUUUGCCUUCACCCUCCAGGAAUCUGACCUUGAUGGAGGCGCCAAACUCCCUGGUUGACAGCGCGACCAAACCACUGAAUGUGAUCCGCUGUCCGGUCUGCAGGCAGGAAUGUAUGGAGAUAGAUGUGGUGGAAAACGUGUUUGUGAAGGACUCAGCAGAGGCUCCCAGCAGCACAGUGGAGAGGACAGUCCAGCUCUGCAUGACUUGUGAUGACAACACUGAAGCUUCCGGGUUUUGUGUGGACUGUGUUGAGUACCUCUGUGCCACAUGUGUGGAGGCGCAUCAAAGGGUCAAAUUCACCAAGGACCACACCAUCAGACAGAAGACAGAAGUAUCACAAGAAGUCCAUGGUGUGUCGACUCAGAGGCCGAUGUUCUGCGACAUCCAUAAACAAGAGCCACUGAAGCUGUUCUGUGAGACCUGCGACCAGCUGACCUGUCGCGACUGCCAGCUAGUAAAGCACAAGGACCACAAUUACCAGUUCCUUGAAGAUGCUUAUAAAAACCACAAGCAGCACAUGGAGAGUAUGACCCAUCAGCUGCAGGAGAAGAAGAAACUGAUUGAAGAGGUGUCAAACUCCAUAAACAAUGGACUGUUUCAGGUUGAUCGAAAUCGUGCGUCUGUUCAAAAUGAAAUAAAGAAGUCCAUCUGCAGUUUGAUUCUGGAGAUAAACAAAAAGGGCAAGAUGCUGAUUAAUCAACUUGAGGCUGCAACAAAGGAUCAUGAGACCGUCUUGCGAAAGCAACAGGAGGACAUCGGCUAUCUAUCCAGACACCUGGAUCAUGUCAUCAACUUCACCAAAUGGGCCACAGCCAAGAACGGGGGCACGGCCCUCUUGUACUGUAAACGUCUGAUUCUGUUUCAGAUUGGAAACCUCCUGCGGGCAAAAUGCAGUACCUCGUUUAUACCACAGAGCAGUGUACGCUUCCAAUGUCGAUCCUCUUAUUGGGCCUCGAAUAUUGAGCUGGGCUCUUUAGUGGUGGAGAGUGUACCAGGCCACCAGCUGGUUGGUUUUCAGGGUAUCCCUCAUCAGCUGUCCCACCCUGGGCAAGGACCCUCAGGCUCACCCAACAGCUUUGCCAUGGGAGCUUCCCAUAAUACUCUGGCUCAGCUCCAGAUGCAGGUGGACAAGCUAAACCCACAAGCCCACUGGCAGCCGCAGCCACCUCCUCCACCGUGGACAUGGUACCAGAGUGUCCGACUACAGCGAACUGUCCCAGGGCCCCUGCAGGGAGGCUCUCCCUCCCACAGUAUGCCCCCACAACCAGGCCGUAGAUUCAUUGUGCCUCCUCCCAACCACAUCAGCCCAACUAGCACCUUACCCAGCCCUGGGUUUACGCCCCAGUCUCUGAGGGGGAUGGAAAGCAGCUCCAACUACCAAGCCAAGCCUAUGGACAUAUUUUCCUCUUCACCUCUGUACACUAAUAUUACACCACUGCCCAUAAAUGGUGGCGUGAGUUCAUCCCAGUCACGACAGACAAUUGAGCACACGUAUCUGGACAGCAGGAACGAUUCAGCCGGUCCGAUAUAUAUGCUGAAACCAAACUAUCCCCAGAGUCUGCCACCUUCUUUGCCACACAGAAAUGCGCAAGGACAGGAGAUUUCACCAGGGUACGCUACUGUAUCCCAAGUGGAGGAACCAGGGACGGUUUCCUGGAAACCCCCAGAAACACAACAGACCAGUGGAGCAGUGGGCUCAGCUGUGAAGAGAAGACGAAGGUCGUCACCAGGGCCCAUCAUUGUCAUCAAAGAUGAGCCAGAAGAUGACAGCAGCUAUGUACAAAACAACCAAAGAGCCAGCCUUCCUGACAGCACAGGUGAACACCCGCAAAUCAGUGCCCAAGGUGAAGGCAACAAGGUCCCGACUCCUCUUCAAAGCACAGACCACAAACCCACCAGCCCUUCCAAGCCUCCGAGCAGGCCAUGGGACCAGAGUAAGAUCAAAUCGCUGGGAGGAGAAGAGCAGGUAGAACAAAAUCAAGCUCGGCUGGGAGACUCUGAUGAGGUCUUGUGUGCUGUGUGUCAGAGUGGAGGAGAGCUGCUGUGCUGCGAUAAGUGUCUCAAAGUUUUUCACCUUACUUGCCAUGUUCCAUCUCUCCUAAAAUCUCCCAGUCGGGAGUGGUUUUGCUCUUUCUGCCGUGACCUGUUCGUGCCUGAGAUGGAGUAUGACUGUGACAGCAAACCUGAGGCCAAAACAGUGAAGAAGGAGCCAGACUCUGAAGGAGGAUUUCCCUCUGUGGACAAACGAAAGUGUGAGAGGCUGUUGCUGCACUUGUUUUGCAGUGACCUGAGUUCAAACUUUCAAGAGCCCAUAUCCCCCGCGGUAUGUGCUAAUAACAGGCAGACUAUAAAGAGGCCGAUGAAUCUUUCAACUGUGAAAAAACGACUGGAGGCUAAGCAGAGUCUGUGCUACCGAGGCACUGCAGAGUUUGUAUCAGACAUCAGGCUCCUCUUCGGGAACUGUGCAGCUCUCAGUGAGACUGUCACAGAGGUCACCGUGGCAGGCAGGAAGCUCAUGGAGCUGUUUGAAGAACACCUGAGGAUCAUCUUUUCUGACCAAACAUUCGCAGAAAUCAAAGUGGAGAUGAUACCCACUGCCCCGCCUUACUCUCAAGUCUUGUCUCUUGACAAUAUCCCCCAGCCAGCAAAGCGCCAGCGCACAUGUUCAGACUCCCAGGAUGCACCAAGCUGUCCCAAUGGAGAAGAGGCAGUAGUGUGAAAGCAACAUUGCCAUCACCAGCUAAUAUUUGAGGUUUAAAACUUUAUUACACAAAACAUUUAUGACACAAAUUCAGGUCACUAAGAUGUUUUAUAUGUUUUAUGAUGAAUUGAACUGCAAACAAAGACCUAUGAUACACAUUUUCUAUGUUCUGGACUAAACUGUGUUAGAGCUAUAGACUGUAUAUAAAAAGGUUACACUGUUGGAUCAACACUGAAAAUCUUAAUUAAUCAGACUGGGAUUUCAUAUCUGGAAAUGUAUACAAUACAUGCAGCACAUUUACAGGGUACAGCUGAUUGUCACCAGUCUGGUUUUUGUUACAUGAAAGUUACUCAUUCUUAUUAUAAGUCUUAUUACACUGAGCUGACCGAUGGUGUGGUCAGGUCUGCUGCGUUCUUCCUGUUUGGCACUCUAUGUGUAAAUACAGCAGUGAUCAGAGGAAAGACGAUAACAAGCUUUGAUGUUUGUAGUUUAUCUAAUGUGGAUUAAGAUGAGUUACAAGCACCCCAAGGCCAGAAAAGUGAAAAUGUAAAGGGGAUCAAAGUAGUUUGAUAAAACCACAGACAGUUAAAGAUGUUUUUAUUGUCACAUAUAUAAUCUUUCCUUGCAGAGCUACAUAUUUAAUGUUGUAAAGGUAAAUUUUAUGUUUCAUUUCUUCACAUAUCAUUUAUUUAUUUAUUCAUUUUAUCUGUUUAUUUACCUGACUUAUCAUAUUUUAUUGUGAAGGACUAAACAUGUUGCAUAUG